AUGUCCCAACCACAAUUUAACCUCAGCCUCCCCCCCCUACCCAGGGUCUCCAUCUACCAACAAGCCCACGCCCAAGUCCUCAAAAAAAUCGGACCAACCCCUGAUCUCUCCGCCGAAGAGCGCAUCCUCUACAUCAUGGACCUAAUCCGUUGCUCCAUAUGUUCCCGCCUCGGUAUGAUGCCUCUGUGCCUGAAACCGGGAUCUGUGACCUCGGAACACGUUCAAGUUGCGAUCAUGAGCUUGGGACAGCCAAAGGUAUGGAAGUCAGAGAGGGAGAAGUGGAUGGAAUUUGCAAAGGAGAAAUUGGGAGUUCGGGUUACUGAAAGGGUUAUCGUUGCUGAGGAUACUGAGGUGACGGAGAGAAUGACUUCUGAUGAGUUGGUGAAGAAAGGCGGAGAGGGAGUCAUGAUUGGGAAUACACAGGGGAAGAGUCCGGCCAAGAGACUUGAUGGCGACAAGAAGGAGGGAGGAAACAAUGUUGAGGAGGAUGAGGAAGCUGAGGAAGCUGGAAGGAUAUCUUAG